UCAAGUUUGUUUUGGCGUAGGUCGCUAUGGUUAAAUCGAUCAUCGCGGCAAUACUUGCUAUCUUUAUAUAUAUAUUCUCAUUUCUCAUUACCAUUUUGCAUUAGGAUAGUCUGUGAUAUCGAGAUGAAUUAAAAUAUAUAUAAUUUCUCAAUUUCUGAUUAACAAAGUAAUGACAACAUAUUUAAUCAAAUCGAUAUUCUAAUCGGUUAAUUAAACUUAAUUAAUUAAACUAUUCGAGAUGACAUUGGUGCUGUCAAGAAUAGAUUAUACGACAGUAGGAGUUACCUCACGUGGCACAACUGUCAUAUUUCCACCUAAUGAAGAAACGAUAAAGCAGCCGCAAAAAUUCGCUGUUGCGGAUCACGAUGGCAUACUACACAUUUACGGCAUGAAAAAGGGCGAACUGCAACUGUCAUUUAAAUCUUUGCCUGGUCCAAAAAUUCACAAAAUGGUCCUUGGUGGCUCGAUAGGUCUGUCAAGAGAUAAGAUUUUCCUCGCAUACGACAGCUCUGUGAAGGGAAUUACGAAAAAGGGCAAGCUGUUCCUGGAGUUCGAUACCAGUCUUAUAGAUCCAAUUUCUGCACUAUACGUCCUCGGUCCUGAUCUCGCAGCUUGCGCACGUGAUCUCUAUCACAGGUACAAAGAUUGCAAGGACGCCGAUUCCUACUUGGCCGGAGAAACCUUGCACGACGUUGUGCUUUUGCCUGGACAUAGCAACAUGGUGUACGCUAUCCUCGCCUGUGUAGACUGUGCGGUACGUGUUCUGCAUGGCACAAGAAGUCCAACAGUCCUGAGAUUACCAAGUGUUCCUACAGUGCUCUCUGUAUAUAGAGAAGGAGAAAUUUACUCCAAGGAUCGCGUUUUGGUUGGCACCGCAGACGGUAGAAUUGGUCUGCUGAUUCUCCAAGGCAAUAAAACUCUCCGAGUCACCUGGCUGUUGACUUCAACAGGCUCGGGAAUCACUUCAUUGGAUACCUACGAGUUGCAGGACGGCAUAGACAUCCUCGUGGGUCGACAAGACGGAGUCGUCGAGGUGUAUACAUUUCCCGAUGAAGAUGUAACGUCCACUCUACGUUAUCAUUAUAAUGCAGGCGAAAGUAUUAGUACAGUCGUGGGUGGUAUAAUUGGCAUCGCCAAUUAUCCCGAGGUUCUCGUAACGACUUACUCAGGUCGAAUAUUUGGAUUGACCACCAGUCCUCCAGGUUUACUAGAAGCAGGACAGAGCGAUGUUGGAUUGGCCAAAUUAAUGGAGAUACAACAACUGCAGGAGAAAUUGAAUGAGGAGAAGGAAAAUUCGUCCAAUUUCAUGCCGGAUCCUCUAGCACCCUUGAUAUUGGCGUUGAAUUUUAAAAUGAUACUAAAUAAGGAAGACGCGUCAUAUUCCCUCUCGGUAGAGCUGGACGCAUCAAUCGACAAUAUUCUCAUACAAUCGGAUACACCUAUCGAUCUGUUGGAAACAGAAAACAAUAGCGCAGUAGUCAGCUUGUCUGCUUGCAAUCCUAAAGAUGGCAAUUUCGUCCUUGCUACUUAUCGAUGCCAAAUUAAUACGAAUCGAUUGGAAAUGCGAUUCAGAUCGAUCGAAGGUCAAUCGGGUACCUUACAAGUUUAUGUAACAUCUCAGGUCCAGCCGAAACGUUGCCGUAAAGUCUUGAUUCCUAUUUAUGCCUUGUCUUUACACGUCAGACAACACGAAGACGACGACACCACACAGUCUAGUGGUCCGUUUAACGAGUUGAAAUUAAAUGGCAAUUUCACGAUCGCCGAGAUGCAUGCGUGGCUUUCUCUAAUAUUACCGGAUGUGCCUGAAAGACCUCAUAUUCAUGAGGGUGAAGCUGCCUUAGUAUAUAUCUCAUCUUUCAUUGGAACGGUCCUAAAAUGCAAAUACAAGAAGGGAAGCGCGCUUUUUCUCGGAGAAAAUAUAUCCAGCAUUAUAAUUCUCAGAGACAUAUUGACAAAGGAAGCUACGAAACGAAAAAUAAAGCUAGACGUGUUUUGCGAAGUAGCAGAAGGAAGUAUCAAUAGAGUCUUGGAAUUAAUUCUUCCCCGACUUAAUGCAGCCCACGAUUUAAUACAAAAAACAAAAAUUCUGAACGCCCUCGAAGAAUGGGAGCUUAAGUCUAAUCCGAGAGAAAAUUUAUGCUCCGAAUAUCAAGAGUUGUUAGAGAAGGAAACGGAGAUCAGAUCGCUUAUGAUGAAGGAUACCGAGGUUCUGAAGAGAUUGUAUGGGAUCAUCACCGAUUUAUACGUAGACUGGGAACGAGCGAAACGAUCUCGAAGGAUCAGUGGCAAAGAGGCUACGGCUAAGCUUCAAAAUGCUCUUGAAUCCAGGGACCUAGCUACUAUCUUGCAAAUUUUCACUGGCACUAAAACUGACACAACCGUGUCGACAUUAAUACCUGCAGCCAUUUAGACGCAUCAGAAAUCGCAAAAGAAGUGGACCAAUGUAUUUCUAUAAACAUAUUCAAGUAAAAAAUAUAUUUUUAACGAUGAUUCACAAUAUAUAAACCGCUAGAUAAAUUAUCUAGACUUAAAAAUGUA